AUGCUAGCAUUAGGACAAUCUCAUGAGGGAAUCUAUUCUAGUGGGUUUGAAAUAGCUCCUGAUGUUGCCGUAUAUCCAAACACAGCACUUGUUUCAAGACCUGUUAAUUCAAUCAUAGUACCUCAUCCUCCCAGGAAAUCCACAUGCACGGAUAGUGUGCAAGGUAGCAGUGAGCCAAAAUGUUGGUCAUUUGAAAGAAAGGUGCUUGACUUGGAUGUGUCUACAAUAUGUUUGUGCUGUUAUAAGUAUCAAAAUUUAGAUCCAAGAUCAGGGAUUCGAGAACCUAGAACUGGUUAUUUUUAUAGAACAAUGAUGGCAAAACUUUAUCGUCAAGGAAUGGAAAAACAAGAAUGGGAUUUUGGAAAUGUUAUAAAACAUUCAAGAGAUCCUAUCAAUGAACCUGCUCCUUGCAAUGCACCAAACUUGCCAAAUUUUCAGAUAAAUAUUCCCAUAAGUGAAGUAUUUUGGGACCUGACAUUUCCCAUCCCACCUGGAUAUGCACCAGUAAUCCCCCCUGCAAUUACAGUCAACAAUUUUACUACUGACUUGUACCAGACAAGUAGCUUUAAAAUCUAA